AAUGCGGAGGAGCGGCUCGGGCUGCCUGUCAGUAACAGGGGAAACACACGCUGAGCUCCGAUAGACGAGUGGAUUGAAAACGUCUGAUUUAGUCACUGCGACCCAAAAGGUACAAAUCGUCGGCUGGGUACAGUACAGUUCCACUCAUUUGGAAGUUUUGCUCUGCUUUUGAUAACUCGGUCGGGACACUGAAGCCUCGGUGUCCAGCGUCUGCUGCAGCGCACUCUUGUAUUUGACUGUCUGAUUUGAAAAAUAAUGUCCACAAUAAUGGAACAGCCUUUUUAUGACGACUCGUUUCUCUCUGCUUAUGGCCAUCCAGGCGCAGCACUGCACGACUACAAGCUGCUAAAGCAGAAUAUGAACCUGAACUUCUCCGACUCAUAUCGGAGCUCAAACUUCAAGUCCCAGCACCUGCGCGGCGCCGACACUGAUUUCUAUCCGGCGGCUGCGGCGGCGGACGUGGGCUCUCUGAAGCUCGCCUCCCCGGAGCUGGAGCGACUGAUCAUCCAGAACAGUAACGGGGUCAUCACUACGACGCCGACACCCGGCCAGUUCCUCUACAGCCGCGGCAUCACAGAGGAGCAGGAGGGCUUCGCGGAGGGUUUCGUCAAAGCGCUUGACGACCUGCACAAGAUGAACCAGAUGGCGCCUCCGAACGUGUCCAUCGGCAACGGCGGCAUCGGCUGCCCGGUUCCGGGCUCCGUGUUCGGUUCCUCCAUGCAGCCGGAGCAGCUGGAGUACACCACCCUGAGCAGCUGCAACAACAACCCCGGCCUGUCCUCCGGUGCCAGCUACCCGUCCACCACCAUCAGCUACCUGCCGCACCAGUACAACCAGCAUCACCAGGCCGUUGCGCACGGGUCCCACCACUUCCAGCACUCGCUGGCAGGCCCCGGCCUCCACUUGCAGCGCUACGCUGGGCUGAAAGAGGAGCCGCAGACGGUGCCCGACACGCACAGCAGCGACAGCUCCCCGCCGAUGUCCCCCAUCAACAUGGAGAACCAGGAGCGGAUCAAAACGGAGCGCAAGCGGCUGAGGAACCGGCUCGCAGCCUCCAAGUGUCGGCGGCGCAAGCUGGAGCGCAUCUCGCGUCUGGAGGACAAGGUGAAGAUCCUGAAAACGGACAACGCCGGACUCUCGAGCACGGCCUCCGUGCUGAGGGACCAGGUGGCCCAGCUCAAACAGAAAGUCAUGACACAUGUGAGCAGUGGCUGCCAGCUCAUGUUGGCGCCCAAAGUCAAGUCUUACUGAAGAAACGAUGCACUUUCAACAACAAACACUGGACAAGGACUGCACUGACUACACCAUGAGCUCCAUAGACUGUGACAGAGCUGGACCUGUGUGGCUCCUCUGGCUGAAAGGGAAGAACCCUCCUCGCAGGGAACAACAGACUUUAAAAAAACAAAAGAACACUUUGGACAUUUUUGAAUACGUUUUUAAAAGUGUCGUCUUGGCUUUGCCUGUUUACAUUUUAUUUGACUGCAUAUUGUGAUGCCUCUUAUGUAAGUUAUUUGAGUUUAUCAGGUUGAGCCUGAUGAGCCGGUCGUUUUUUACUUGUACAGUAUAUUUAAGUAAAUGAAAUUAUAAAACUA